ACACAGAACCUGAGACCUUCCAAACAGACGUAACCUCAGAAAAUAGCUUUUCUAAUAUGGAGGACCUGAAUUCAGAAAACCCUGUUAUAGAAAAAGAAAAUACAAAAGCCUCAUCAGUUAGAACUCUUGAUAAUAGCAACAAAGAGAACAUUGCAACUGAGAGUAUACAAGCAGAAACUGCUAUAGAAAUUGAAGACUUUAACUCACCAAAAACUCCAAUUGUACUUAUUACAAACAAUAAUAAGUCAUACCUGCAACCUAAAAAUCUUGAAGAAGGAUUCAUCACAGUCUCUUCAAGAAAAAGAAAAAACAAAAAAGAUAUCUUAGAACAAAAAGAGGAAUUAACUAGAGUUGCUUCUUAUAGAAAAACCUGUAAUAGAGUACAAAAUUCACAGAUUUAA